AUGGCCAGCACCACACCGCCGCCGACCCGGCGCGAGAGCAACGCCACGGCCCCCGACGUGCCAAUCUUGCGCUCCUCUGUCAGCACCAGCGUAUCUCUAUCCCCCAACUACGGCUCCGACUCGAGCGACGACGGCCUGCGCAUGACGCCUGCCGAGGCCCGCCGCUUUGCCCGCCGCAACCUGCGCCGCGCCUCGGCCACGCCCGACCUCGUCACCAGCCUCGUCCGUCCACCGUCCCCCGAGGCCUUUUACAUCACGCCCGAGAUUCACGGUCGCAUGCGGCAAGGGGCCGCGCUGAGGGGUUUGCGUCGCCGCACGUCCGGGUCGCUGGCUGGCGGGGCUGCGGGCGUCGGCGGCAGCGCUUCGACGAUGAAUACGGAUCGCCGCUCGGGGCCGCUGCUGCCGCCGCACAAGUCGUCUCUCGACAUACCAAAGCGCUACGGCGGGCAGUGCAUCUUUGACAUGUAUUCGUUGACGUAUGUCACCGAGCCCGAUGCCAGCCUGCUGUGCCCCAUCUGCCACGACCCGCUUGUCGAUCCCGUCACGACACCGUGCGACCACACAUUUUGCUACAGGUGCAUUCGGCGAAGCAUAGCCUCGAGUCCGUCCGGAACAGCCUGCCCCAUUGACAGAGAGCCACUGUUUUGGGCAGACUGCUUCAGCGCCGCCCGCCUCAUUCGCACGCAGCUUAAUGCGCUGGUGGUAAAGUGCCCGUACACCAAUAGAGCAUGUACAAAGGAGCUGCGCCGAGAAAUGAUUGAGAAGCAUGCUACUAGCGAAUGUCGGUACCGAGAUUACUAUUGUCCUGAUAAAGACUGCACCAAGAAGCUAUCAUCGAAACCCACCGACGACUUGUGCCACCACAAAGAGACAACUUGCGCCGCGUGCCUGGAAAGGAUCGAAGAGGUUGAUUCCGAACUACACUUAUUAUCCUGCGCCAAGAGUAAAACGAGAUGUGAAGCUUGCUGGGACCUGGUUGUGCGGUCACAGAUGGAUGCUCAUCGUCAUCUGGAAUGCGACGGAAUCGAAGUCGGGUGCUCGUAUCAAAAUCUGGGCUGUCCGGCCCGCAUAAUGCGCGGCCAGAUGAGCACUCACACACUAUGUUGCGCGUUUCAUCCAGAAACGCCUUCGGGCAUCAUUAUCCGUUCGCAGCGGGACGUCAUUCAAUCGUACGGCGACCUCAGCAGCCAGCUCCGCGACUUACAAACCCGCCAGGACGAAACGACGCGAAAGCUGGAGGAAAUGUCGCUCAGCCGUCGCUUCGGCGGCGGUAGCGCUGGCGGUCUUAGCGGGGCCACCUCCGGCGCCGGCGAAUCCGCCAUCAGCGACAGUCGGACGAUGCAGGAUCUCGACGCUGGCUUUGAAGAAGUCCACCAAAACCUCACCCACCUCGAGGCUCGGCAGAGCAUGUGGACCCUGAACCAAGUGAUGCCGAUCCGCGAGGAGGUGACGGAAUUGCGGAACAACAUCAACAUGAUUCGCAUGCACGUCAACUGGCUGCUGAAUCGGAGCCGCGAGGAGGGUCGCAUCCGAGCUGCCAACAAUACAGGCGCGGCAGCAGCCACGGCGGCAGGCAUUCGCAGGAACAGCGCAGGAGAGGGCAUCCCGAUGCUACAAGAGAGAAGGCGAUCGUCAGGCAUGGACGCGGAUGUACCGCGAUUGUAA